AUGCAGGCAGUCUUGCAAACAGAUGAGCAUUCAGCCCACGCCCCGGGGGAUGUUACCACACAGUCAGACCUUCGAGACACUGAACUCAGUGUCCAUCAGUUACAGCCCCCUCACUACCUACUCCUGCUUAUCACAGAACUUGUCUGUGAUGGGUGUGGGCACACAGUGCUGGGCCCUGAGAGCGGGACCCUGGCCUCCAUAAACUACCCCCGGACCUCUCCCAACAGCACCGUGUGCGAGUGGGAAAUCCGCGUGAAGCCCGGCCAGCGGGUGCAGCUCAAGUUCGGUGAUUUUGAUAUUGAUGACUCGGAUUCCUGCCAUUCCAGUUACCUGAGAGUUCAUAAUGGCAUUGGCCCCAACAGGACGGAGAUAGGAAAAUACUGUGGGUUUGACUUUCAAAUGGAUGGUUUAGUUAGUUCAAAAAGUAAUGAAGUGACAGUACAGUUCAUGAGUGGAAUUCACACUUCUGGACGUGGAUUUCUUGCAGCUUAUUCAACUACUGACAAAUCAGACUUAAUUACCUGUUUAGACAAUGCAAGUCACUUUUCCGAACCAGAAUUCAAUAAGUAUUGUCCAGCUGGAUGUGUGAUUCCUUUUGCGGAUAUUUCAGGCACUAUCCCUCAUGGAUACAGAGAUUCAUCAUCACUUUGUAUGGCUGGUGUUCACGCAGGCGUCGUGUCAAAUACGCUGGGUGGUCAAAUUAAUGUUGUAAUCAGCAAGGGCAUUCCAUACUAUGAAGGCUCCUUGGCUAACAAUGUCACCUCAAAAGUGGGACCCUUAUCUACAAGUCUCUUCACCUUUAAGACAAGUGGUUGCUAUGGAACACUGGGGAUGGAAUCUGGGGUGAUUCCUGAUUCCCACAUCACAUCAUCAUCUAUUCUUGAGUGGCCUAACCAAACAGGACAAGUAAACAUUUGGAAGCCUGAAAAUGCCAGACUGAAAAGGAUUGGACCUCCUUGGGCUGCUUUUAUCAGUGAUGAACAUCAGUGGUUGCAGAUUGACUUGAAUAAAGAAAAGAAAAUAACUGGUAUUAUAACUACUGGAUCAACUUUAGCAGAGCACUACUAUUAUGUCUCAGCCUACAGAAUUUUAUACAGUGAUGAUGCACAGAAGUGGACAGUGUACAGAGAACCUGGCACUGGUAAAGAUAAGAUAUUUCAAGGGAAUACUGAAUUGUACCAGGAAGUUCGCAAUAAUUUCAUUCCACCUAUUAUUGCACGUUUUUUUAGGAUUAACCCCUUAAAAUGGCACCAGAAAAUUGCAAUGAAAGUAGAGUUGCUAGGAUGUCAGUUUAGUAUAGGUCGUGCUCCUAAAAUCACCUUGCCACCACCACCUCAGAACAAGAAUGAUGAGAAGAAUGAUGACUUCAUUCAUUCAGUGAAGACUUCGCUGCAGACAGAUAAAACAACUUUCACACCUGAAAUAAAAAACACUACAGUGACUCCAAGUGUAACCAAAGAUGUGGCAUUGGCAGCAGUUCUGGUUCCAGUGCUGGUGAUGGUCUUCACUACUCUGAUUCUUAUCUUAGUUUGUGCGUGGCAUUGGAGAAACCGCAAGAAAAAAACUGAGGGCACAUAUGAUCUACCUUACUGGGAUCGUGCAGGAUGGUGGAAAGGGAUGAAGCAGUUUUUCCCAACCAAAUCAGCAGAACAUGAAGAAACUCCUGUACGCUACAGCAGCAGUGAAAUCAGUCACCUAAGACCAAGAGAAGUCCCAACAAUGUUGCAAACAGAGUCUGCAGAAUAUGCUCAGCCCCUGGUAGGUGGAAUUGUGGGCACGCUUCACCAGAGAUCAACCUUCAAACCAGAAGAAGGAAAAGAAGCCAGCUAUGCUGACUUGGACCCUUACAGUUCCCCCAUCCAAGAGGUUUACCACGCCUAUGCCGAGCCACUGCCCGUAACCGGACCUGAGUACGCGACUCCGAUCAUCAUGGACAUGUCCAGCCAUCCCAGCACACCUCUUGGUGCUCCUUCCAUUUCCACCUUCAAAGCUGCAGGGAAUCCAGCUCCUCCACUGGCUGGAACGUGCAAUAAGCUGUUAUCCAGGACCGACAGUGCAUCCUCAGCACAGGCACUGUACGAUAUACCAAAGGGGCAGCCGGGGCCAGGCAGUGCAGACCAACUCAUGUACCAGGUGCCACAGAGCGUGGCCCAUCCCACUGUGAGUAAGGAUGAACAAAGUUAGCUCAUGAGUAAGGUAGAAUGGUGGCUUGUUUCUAAAAGCCAGUUCCAUAAAGCUCACAGUUUCACCUUUUUAAUUCCGUUGUUUUGGUAUUGUUAGUCUUAAGUAAUACAACGUUGAACCAAAAUGUGUGGUAUGGGAGGUCUGGGAAUACAGUAAUUCUGCUUUUCCUUAAGCUGUAUGUACAGUUAACAGCUUGUCUCCUGUAAAAUUGUGGACUUUUUUAUUACUACUGUACAAUUGUCUGCCAGACAUGAGAGAAGAACUCUUCAUGAUCAGCUCCAGUAAUUCAUAGAUGUGAGUGAUAAACUGGGAGAAACAAGUGCAAAAGUACAAGUACAAAAGCCAGUUAUUUCUUCCUAAUGGUACUAUUUCUUGGGGGAAAAAAACCCCAUCUCAAUACCCAAAGCUCUUAAUUUCUGUGCAAGCACAACAGCUUCUAAAAUUCCUCUUUUCCUUGUAAAAUGUCUGCACAAUUUUGGACUUAACAAGCUACUGUCAGGACUGAUGGAAAAAAUUUCUUUGGUUUCAUGGUACAAAAUAGUUUUGAUUCUGAAUUACAUUACUUCAGCUUUGUUAACAGAAUUGGGAAUUUUCAGCUGUGUGUUCCUCAGAAGGUUCCUGCCUUUUUGGUUAGGUUAGCCUUCCAAAACUAGAAGCUGCUGUCUGUCCAAUCUUUCUUGUGCCUCUUCUCCUUAAGCCACUCAGUCUUACUCCUUUCUAGGGAUCCAGGAGGCACGGAUUGACACAAGCAAACUACCUGGCAACUGCUUUUACAUUUUUCCCUAUGCUAUCAGGGCCACUUGAACAACAUCUGCCUUAAAGUCAGACUUCCCUGAUGCUCAGUGCAAGAAGCAUCCACGUCUUGGAGGUGACUUGAAUUGAGAAAGGCCCUGCCCUGCCCUCCCCCUGAGUGUCCAUUAUUCUGUGUUCAGGUGUGAGCUUAUACAAAAAGAGAUCUGUACAUACUUUUGUGAGUGCUUAGGGAAGCACACAAAUAUUCUAAUGGUGCACAAUUUGUGUUAGACAUUCAUUUAGCACAUGUGGUACGUUUUAGCACAACUACCAAAUUUAGCCUUAGGGCUUUUUUUAUGAUUGUUCUUAUUAGAAGCAUGAAAGAUUCCAAAACCUUUGCAAAAGAACCAGUACUAUUCCAAAGAGUGUCCAUUUCAGAUGUAUUUAUUGGAAUUUGUAUCCUUUGAAUGUUCCAGUGUUCUGUACUAUGAAAAAAUUGAAGUCGGUCAUUUACUGGGAUAAUGUAGACUCAUUUUAGCUAG